GUGUUAUGUUAAUCCAUCCUCCUUCAACCAAAUAACACAAAUCUCACACCUAGAAUGGUUUCCUUCUGCAGGCCGACAAGCUGAAAUCCAAUUCCGCUGUAAUUCCCUGUGAAGAUGAAGGCAGACGAGCUUUUAAAAACGGUCAGAGAGGGCGCCUGGACGACAGCGUGGAGGCGAUGGAGGAGGCCGACGCGGAGGGGGAAGGACCCAUGGCGGUCAGAGAGGGGCCCAGCGGUCACGGCCUCCCGGCGGACUCCAGCAGCACCACCACCACCACCACCACCACCAACCUCCUGGCUUCUGUCAAAGAGCAGGAGCUGCAGUUCGAGCGACUGACUCGGGAGCUGGAGGAGGAGCGGCAGAUUGUGGCGAGCCAGCUGGAGAGGUGCAUGCUGGGAGCCGAGUCGCCAGGGGGAGACAGUAGCAGCUCAUCGGAGAAGUCGUUUGCAUGGAGAUCUGCAGGUGGAGAGUCUCAGGGCGGAGCCAUGGAGGCGUCUGGAUGUCCUGGUCGUCACCUGGAGGCAGAGGAGGGACUCUACCUGCCUGAACCGGACCGGGCCUCCCUGCAUGACAGUGAGGGUUCUGGAGGCCACUCGGCCCAGAUGACCUCGUAUUCAGACAGCGGCUACCAGGACAGCAGCGUUAGUUAUUACAGCAACCAGAACGUGGUGCGAUCAGAGCCACGGGCUUCGAUAUCGAGAAGCCCGAGAGCAGAGGGUCAAGCCUCUGGGCAGGCGUCCAGUCGGGUGUUACGGAGGAUGGCGUCCCUCCCCUCCAGGAGCCAGUCUCCUGGUUGUGGCACCGCCGGCACCGUCUCACCUUCCCGGAUCUCCCUGCGAACAUCCCAAGGCAGCACCUACGACUCUCCCAUCCUGUCCGAGCCCAAACCGCUGGCCGCCGUUUUCCCCGGCACCACCAUGCCGCCCUCCUGCCCGUCGCCCACCUCGCCGACCGACGGCACCCAGGCCCUGGGCAGCGGCGGCGGAGGGGGAGGUGGGGUUGGAGGAGGCGGCCGGUUAGGCUCCACCCUCUCCCUGAUCGAGGGGCGGGGAUUGACGGGGUCGCCGCUGCGUUCAGGGAUGACGGCGGUUCCACAACACUAUGGAUCCACGCUGCCCAGACAGAGCCAGCCGCUGGCCUACGGAGCCGAUCCAUACGGGCUUUACCAGAGGAGCGCCCUGCCCCGACCCGACAGCCUCAUAGGGCUUCACAGCUCGUACGCCGGUCACGGAGGGCAGAUAGACCCGGAGCUGAGGGCGGCGUUGUCUCCAGACUGCCACAUGACGCCCGUCUUCGAUGAGCGCUCCUUCCACAGCCCCCUGUACCACAGCCCCACCCACGACCCCCAGGGCUCCCUCUACAGGACCAACACAGGUGUGGGGACCCUCCCUCGGACCACAAGCCAUUGCGGCACGCUGCCGUACCAAAGAAGCAGCUAUGGGCUGAGCUCUGCAGCGGUGUACGUUGACUCCUUCAGGGUUUCCGGUGAACCCGGCUUCUCCCACCGGCACUCUGGACUGGUGGACCGGGUCGUCACUCGGACCCCGUCCAUCGAGAGCAUCCACAAGGACCCCAGGGAGUUUGCUUGGCGUGACCCCGAGCUGCCGGAGGUCAUCCACAUGCUGCAGCAUCACUUCCCCUCCGUCCAGGCCAACGCCGCCGCCUACCUGCAGCACCUCUGCUACGGAGACAACAGGGUCAAGGUGGAGGUUUGUCACCUGGGAGGCAUCCAGCACCUGGUGGACCUGCUGGACCACAAAAUGACCGAGGUCCAGAAGAGCGCCUGCGGAGCUCUGAGGAAUCUGGUGUAUGGAAAAGCCACCGACAACAACAAGGUGGCGCUGAGGAACUGUGGCGGCGUUCCUGCUCUGCUGCGCCUCCUCAGGAAGACGACCGACAACGAAGUCCGCGAGCUGGUCACCGGCGUCCUCUGGAACCUGUCCUCGUGUGACGCCGUGAAGAUGACCAUCAUCCGUGACGCUCUGUCCACGCUGACCAACACCGUCGUCAUCCCGCACUCGGGCUGGAGCACCGUUUCUCACCGCGAAGAGCACAAAGUCAAGUUUCAGUCGUCGCUGCUGCUGCGCAACACAACCGGCUGUCUGAGGAACCUGAGCUCGGCCGGCGAGGAGGCCAGGAGUCAGCUGAGAUGCUGCGAAGGUCUGGUGGACUCGCUGCUCCACGUCCUCAAAGCCUGCGUCAACACGUCCGACUAUGACAGCAAGAUCGUGGAGAACAGCGUCUGCACUCUGAGGAACCUCUCGUACCGCCUGGAGGUGGAGAUGCCGUCCUCCCGUCUCCUCGGCAACCAGGAGCUGGACACCCUGCUGGGCUUCUCGUCGCCGGCCAAAGAGCUCGACUACCUCUGCUGGGGCAAGAGGCGGCGGGGCAGGAAGAGGGGCGGCUGGGGCGACAGCAAGUGGGACGGCGUCGGUCCGAUCCCGGGUUUCUCUCAGUCUCUGAGGGGAGCCGAGCUGCUGUGGCAUCCGAUGGUGGUGAAGCCGUACCUCAACCUGCUGGCCGAGAGCUCCAACCCGGCCACGCUGGAGGGAGCCGCUGGGUCGCUGCAGAACCUCUCCGCUGGGAACUGGAAGUUCUCGGCCUACAUCCGGGCGGCGGUGCGUAAAGAGAAAGGUCUUCCCAUCCUGGUGGAGCUGCUGAGGAUGGACAACGACCGGGUGGUUUGUUCCGUCGCCACGGCGCUCAGAAACAUGGCACUGGACGGACGCAACAAGGAGCUGAUAGGAAAAUACGCCAUGAGGGAUCUGGUGAACCGGCUGCCCGGCGGCAGUCCGUCGGUGCUGUCUGACGACACGGUGGCGUCGGUCUGCUGCACGCUGCACGAGGUCACCAGCCGCAACAUGGAGAACGCCAAAGCUUUAGCCGACAGCGGAGGCAUCGAGAAGCUGGUGGACAUCAGCAAAGGACGAGGGAAAGGAUACUCGAUGAAGGUGGUGAAAGCAGCAGCUCAGGUGUUGAACACACUGUGGCAGUACAGAGAGUUGAGGAGUCUCUACAAACAGGACGGGUGGAACUACACCCACUUCAUCACCCCCGUCUCCACUCUGGAACGAGACCGAUACCGAUCCCAGCCGACGCUGCCCACCAGCCCUCUGCAGAUGUCCCCCGUCAUCCAAUCAGGCGGCAGCGCGACGUCCUCGCCGGCGAUGCUCGGGAUCCGACGCCACAGUUCCAACUACCAGAGGGCGCAGUCAUCUAUGCAACUCGACACUUAUUAUGGAGACAACAGUUUACACAAACGGCAGUACACAGGGUCUGAGAAGAAAACCCCAUAUUUCAUUGGAACGUAUUCCUCCCAGUCAGGAGAGGAUUUGAGAAGAUCCCAGCACCCAGAGCCAUUCUACGACGAGCCCGACAGGAAGAACUACAACAGCUACCGAAUGUACCUGUCGUCCCCUCAAGGCUACGGCGAGGAGCCCUACGAGGACGAGCCGGUCCACCUGACGCCGUCGUCGCCCGACGCCUACGCCGGCCAGUCGCUGCGGUUCAAAGCCAACACCAACUACGUGGACUUCUACUCGACCACGCGGAGGCCUUCAAACCGGGCCAACAAGUUCACGGGAUCCCCCGACUCGUGGGUCUGAGGACGCCGCCGAGCCUCGGCCCGACCAGCCGGCCGCCUGGCUGUGGGUGUUUGAGUGCUGAGAGGUUUGCGGAUGCAUGUGAACGUGUCUGUGUUGAAACUGUGCUGAAUGACGGGGCUCGGGUUGCUUUGGCAGCUUUUGACUAAGUCACGCCGGUAAACACGAAGCACUUCUUUAUUUUUGACUUCCACGCUAAAAAACUGACGAAAAUAGGUUUGCCUUACUACGAUAACAGAUUAUUAAAUAAUGAAAUAAUAGUUGGCAGCAGCUUGAAAUAUUCUUUCCGUUAGGAACCAUCCUUUAGGUCUACAUUUAAGGUGGAAUAUUCCUUCAUACUAACUUUUUUUGUCUACAUUGAAAGAUUUUGGGUGGAAUAAUCCUUUAAACUAACCUUUUAGGUCUGUGCUUAACGAUGUUGGAUGGAAUAUACCAUUAAACUAACCUUUUAGGUCUACAUUUGAGGACCAAUGUUCACAUCCACAUUUGAUGAAUAUUAAUAGAAUAUUCCUUUAAACCAAGAUGUGAGGUCUAUGUCUACAGAUUUUUGAUGGAAUGUUCCUUUUAGGUCUUGCCAAAUAUCAAGUGAGAAACCUCACGUGAGCAGCAUCAUGCACAAUAAUUCGGACUCCUCAUAAUGAUGUUUGAUAUUUAUACUGCUGUUUUUUAUUUAGUCCAAACAACAUUACAGAGCUCAUUGUCAUUUUGACCAGCGCCACUACUGUAAUUUUAUUUCCGGCUAUUAGAUGUCAAAGCAAUACAUGUGACUCUAAUAAGUUAACAGCUUUACAUACACUAAGAUUAGACACAAACUGUCCUCAAGGAUCCAAAAGAAGUUUGACUUCUACAUGAGAGCUUUAAUUAUUCUCCAUCUACUUCCUGAAAAGUCUGCUAAAUAAAAAAGACAAAUAUUUCCAGCUUACCUAAGGACAGACUUUGCCUCUUUUCUGCUGUACUUUAACAACUGUAACGCGGGUUUAGUCAAAAGGUGCUUUCUGAAACAAACCCAGCCCUAACAUUGUUGUUUACCAGAGUGUUUGUUCACGUCCACUGAUCUCAUUUUUCUCUGCAGUAAAAGUGUGCAGUGUGUUGGCUUUAUAACAUAAAUAUCGUCCGCCAGCAUCAUCCUGGAUAGGAGAGAAAAAGAACUGCAAAGAGACCACACCUGGGACAAAUAUUAUUUACCAGUAAGUGAAACCACUGCGCUUCUUCUCCCGCUCGCAAAAUGAUUCUGAAAUAUUAUUUGCCCCGGGUUUGGAGAAGAGCAUCCUCACUCUUGGGAACCUUUAAAGACUCAGAGAACCGGGGUUUACACCUGUAACCCUUCGCUGUUCUGUAAUGUUGGCCAAAAGAGCAGUAUAUCAUACAGUAUGUGAAAUAUGUGAAAAAAAAGGUGAAAAUCUAUUUGUACAGAUACAAUGGUUUAACCGUCCUGUUACAUUGUUGUAUUCAAUAUGUAGAACUUUAUAUGUGACUGUGUGAAGAAGAUUUUUCUAUUAUUUAUUGAUUAUUUUUAUUAAUUUCCUUGUGACCUGACCAAAAUACCCCAUCUGUCUGUUCUGUCCAAAACUGAUGAUGAUGAUAAUGUGCAAUGUUACAGAGGGAAAUAUAUGUAUAGGGAUUAAAGAUUAUAUCAUGACGAGACACCA